AUGACAAGGGAGGUGUUGGAGACAUGCGAGUGUAUCUGUGUAAGAGGGGUGUAUGAGCGUGGCUGUCUGCCAGUGUUCAUGCCACACCCGGAUGGCUGUAAUAAACUGCAGCCGAAGCCGACAUUCACCAACACAGCGACGCUGACGCCCACGCUAACGCUGACCAUACCGACACCAACUGUUACCCUCACCUUAGAUGAGCCUUUUGUUGCGGAACAGUCUGAGGUGAAUAGUGAAUUCCGCUGCCUUUUCUGGCAUUGCCGGUGCUCUGUUUACCGUUGGACUCUUUGUUGCUGGUGGACUCGGCUCGAUUCUGGAGAUACAGACACUCGGUGCGUUUGCGAAGAUGUCCUGUGCGUCGGAGCACGAGCGUGA